AUGGAGGUGUCUGAGCCACCAAGCCAGCUAGAGUUCUGCUCCUCAGAUGACUACAAUUACAUGGGCUUCGAACUUGAGCUAGCAAUGAUCGACGAGAUGCAGACGCUGGAGAAGAAUCAGAUAGCAUCGUCAAACUCUGUUGCUCUUGAAGAAUUUCAGUUUGAUGACACCGACGAUGCCGAAUUUGAGGCUCUCUUAGAGCAAAAGAUGGACACGAGUGUAGGGGAAAACCCUCCCUCAAGUGUAGUUCGGGCCUUUGACAUCGAGUCAAAAUUUGCCGAAGACUAUGACCCCGACCUGCAGUUCUCCUCUCCACAAACCAAUCAAAGCAGAGCGACAAUCGGCAGCUCUACUAGUAUUCCGUCUACAGAAACGGUUGAUUGGGAAGACAUUCGUCAGCAGGCUUCCAAGUCUCGGCAGGAAGGAGGUGGCAUCUACGGUGAGCGCCAAGUUGACCACAUGCCUCCUUCAAAACUUCACUGCAUCCAUUCUCUUCCCUCGCCGCAACCGUCCGCCUCCCUGCCACAGGCCUCAUGGACUGCUUGCCCAGUCAACAUGCGCAUGUUUAACCCAUCUCGCACAUGUUUCCGACUUAGUGAGAUCACAGAGUCCAAGGCAGCCAUGGUACAGCGCCAACCGCACGCUGUGUAUAAUGUCUUUGCCCGCGUGCUGUACUCUAGUCGGGAGAACUUCUUUCGAAGACAAUACUUCCAGCUACGAGACCUAUUGUCAGAGUCGCCACCGUACCUCACAGGAGCUCUACUAGGCUAG